GUGGCCUGUCAGUGCGCGCGCAGCUGUGAAAGCGUCAGAUGAGGCGGAAGUAAAGCGAUUUGACAAUACGAAAUUCUCGUGCAGAGCCUCACCUGUCGCAGGUAAACAUCCUGAGCUCGACACGGAGAAAAUGAACAACCCACUUCCUUCCAACCUCAAGUCUGAGACCAAAAAAGCAGCUAAGAUCCUCAGAGAAUUCACAGAAAUCUCCAAUAGGAACGGGCCAGACAAACUCAUCCCAGCUCAUGUGAUCGCAAGGGCUGAGGGGCUCGCCAUCAUCUCAGUGGUCAAGGCUGGCUUUGUGAUCACAGCAAGAGGAGGUAGCGGCAUAGUCAUUGCCAGGCUAGCUGACAGACGCUGGUCCGCUCCUUCUGCAAUUGGGAUCGCUGGCCUGGGUGGUGGGUUUGAAAUUGGCGUGGAGGUGUCUGAUUUGGUGAUUAUUCUAAAUCAGCGUCGAGCCAUUGAUGCAUUCACAAAAGGCGGGAACUUGACGCUGGGAGGGAACUGCACGGUCGCUGUGGGUCCGGUUGGCAGGAAUGUGGAGGCCGAUGUUGCCCUGCGCAACAUCUCUGCUGUCUACACCUACUGUAAAUCCAGAGGGUUGUUUGCCGGCAUCUCUCUGGAGGGCUCGUACCUGAUUGAACGCAAAGACACCAACCGCAAGUUCUACUCUCGGGAUGUGCGAGCGUCUGGCAUUUUGAAUGGCGACGUGGAGCCGCCGAUGGAGUGCUAUGACCUCUACCACAUCUUAGACGCAUACACGGAGGCUUACGUAGAUGACUGGACCAGCAAAAAUGCGCAUGUAAAGUCGUCACUUCCUCCUGCCAGACCUCCAGCUCCUUCUCAACAGCGAGCAGCGACCAGCAUCCAGACACCAGCAAACACCGGUGCAGCAGAUAAAAAAUCGCUCUACCCGAGUAUCUCCAUAUACAAAUCUGAAACCUCAAGUAGAGGAGCACCACAAGCUGGAGCUAGUAGGAACCUAGUAGUCACUGCAGUCCACCCAUUUACUGGUCAGAAGCCUGGUGACCUCAGCUUUGUAGCUGGUGACCGCAUCACGGUCAUCACAAAGACCGAGUCCCAGUACGACUGGUGGGAGGGGCAGCUGGCUGAUGGACAGGUGGGCAUAUUUCCUGCAAACUUUGUCACGUAUUGACCGCUUCCACCAAGGGGGUUACGGGUCCAGACAUGUUUUGAUACAGCACCGCGUCACAUAUCAGACAUCAGUUCCCUCAAAAUGCUUUAACAUUAUGCCUCCAUGAAGAAUGAUUAGGUUUUUAAUCAAACUUAUUGAAUAUUGAGUUACAAAUAAAUUGUGUGUUGUAUUUUGUAUGAAACUGAACAACUGU